AUGGGAAGAAAACAAUUUGUACAAAGUCUCGUCAAAUCAGACAAGAAAAAGAAUAACAGAGGACGAAAAACGAAAGAUGAUAAUGGUGUUGAUAAAAAAAAAUUACAAAAUCGUGACAAUCAAAGAAAUUGGAGAAAUAAGCAAAAGAUACUUAUGGAGACAUUGAAGCAGACAUUGGAACAAUGUGAACAUGAUUUGGAAUUGAUGAUUGAAGAAAAUCAAGAUUGUAGAAACUUUAUCGAAAGAUUAAGAGAAGAAUCAUCUCAAGAAAUGAGAAGAAACCAAGAUUUGAAAGAAGAGAAUGAAGAAUUAAAAGAAAAAUUAAAAAAUUACGAGAUAGAAAUAAUCGAAUUUGAAAAAGAGAGAAAAGAACUUGAUAGAGAAAGAGAUGAAUUCGAAGAGAGAAAAAUUAAAGAAAUGAGUAAAGAUAUAGAAAACAUUAAAGAAAAUGAAGAGAUUGAAAAGGAAAUAAACAUCGAAGAGAAAGAAAUGGAAUACAUUGAAUCAGAAAAUAUUAUAAUCGAUAAUACUUUCGAAAAUCAAUUAUUUAUAAAUAAUUUUAAUAUUGAUAAUUUUGUUGGGAGUGAUUUUAUUGAAAGUGAAUAUUUAAUUAAUAAUUUUAACGAAUAUACAUGUUUCGAUAAUAGUUUUUUUUCAAAUGAUAAUGAUAUUAUAUCACAGUAUAUAGAUUUGUAA